AUGCCAGGGGCCCCCUCGAAGCAGGAGCACAACACAGAUAGGAUCCAGGCUCCCGAUUGGACGACGCACUGCUCAUCCGAGCGACCGCUGACCGCCUGGAGUCAGGCCAUCUUCUGGGAGUACCCCGAGCAGUGGUCUGGAGAGCUCUCGGGACUCCCCUUCACGCGCCCUAAUCCGCGCCUUGCACCCAGAAUCUACCUGCCCGCGAAAUGUGUACUUGCUUUAGUAAACACGCCAGUACACAGAUGCGUCUCUUGGUUAACACUUGGACGCUCGUCUCAUAUUGUUCUGCUGCUUAUUCCGUUUGUUCAGCAGAGCACCAUCCUAUCCUGCCAAGAUCUGAGCUUUGUGGGGGGGCAGCGCUACAACUGCCCGUACUCCGCCUCGACGUCAGCUGACCCCAGUGUUGACGUUUCCACGGAAACGCUGGUCUCCCUCUGGGACGCCCGUCCCCGGGACAACGCGGCGUGCCAGCAGCACGAGCCGCCACUGCGAGAAUCGCAGCACUCAGACCAUGGAGCGGUUUCCCAGCAGACGUGGCCAGACCAUCUCUCCCCGCACUUUCAAAGAAAUAAGCAGCUUCAGGACACUUUAAUGCAGAGAGAUGAGGAACUUGCUCGGCUUCAUGAAGAGAACAACAAGCUCAAAGACUUCCUCAACUCCUCCUUUGUUAAAUGUCUGGAGGACAAACGAAAGAAGCUGCUCAAUGCUCCCAGCCGUCACAGGAAGCGGCGUCAGCAGGUGUGUGUGGAGGAGCGUGGCCACAGUCAGCAGGUGUGUGUGGAAGAGCGUGGCCCUUGUGGGCUGGUUCCGGAUUGUGUGGCGAAGCGGACCUGUCGCAACCUGUCUCUGGAGUUCUGCUCAGCCGAGGAGCUGGCCGCCACUCCGCCACUGGACUCCUGGGUUCUGGAGACGCUGGGUCUCAAGGACCAGGACACCAUCGACCUGGAGUCCGUCUUCGGCAGCCCCACCCUGGACCCCCUUGCAGCCGGGUUUCAGCCCGGCCUCCAACCCCCCCCGCGUCCGCCAGCUACAUCUGCCCCUCCGCCCCCCACUACAAGCCCCCCGGGGUCCAGCUACAGCCCUGCCGUGGGCUCCACCUGUGACUUCAGCGCCAUCAUGGACUCGUCCAGCAGCUACAGCUGCAGCCUGCUAGCCUCGGCCAGCCACUGCUCCUCCCUGAACUCUGCGUCGGAGUACAGCUCCACCGUGGAGAUGCCCCCGGCGUACCCCCACACCCGGACAGUGCCCUCCCCAGCGCUGCCCCGCGGCCAGCUGCUCUCCCCCGAUCCCUCUCAGCGUCUGGCUCCGGUGGCGACCUCUACCCCCCAGCGCUCGCCUCCGCUGCAUUGCAAUGGCUCCCCCAGGCCUGCAGGGGACAGUGGUGAGCUGUGCUCCCCGGUGCGUGGCAGGAGCGAACUGGCCUUCAGCAUGUUCCUCAGCCCUCGCAGUAGCGUGCGCACACACAGCUUCCCCCAGGGGCAGGCCUUUGUGCGCAAAGACAUGCAGGGCGGAUGGAACUUCACCUGGGUACCCAAACAGUGUGCAUAGAUGUCUGCAGCUAACGCCCCCUGGCUGUGGGAGGACCAAACAGACUAAUUUCUCCCAUAAGCUACAAAGGUGUUUGAACUGGCUGCACAACAGCACAAAUAUCUGUUUUUGAGUGCACUCGGGCGCGUGUGUGUGUGUGUGUGU